UAGGAUGUCGGUGUUUUCUGAAGAGCUGGUGUCCAUAUCGCAGUUCUUUGCGGGGAGAUCGGUGUUUAUCACAGGAGGAACUGGUUUCAUGGGAAAAGUGCUAGUGGAAAGACUGCUGACAACAUGCCCAGACAUAAAGCGGCUGAUUCUUUUGAUGAGGAGCAAGCGAGGAGUCGACCCGAAGAACAGGUUGGCUGACUUCAAGCGAUCCCAAGUAUUCGAUGUUCUUCGCAAAAACAAUCCAGCUCAAUUGGACAAAGUCCAUGUUUUAGAUGGUGAUAUCACCAAACCUUCUCUGGGACUCAAUGAUGAGUCGUUAUCGUCGUUGGAAGAGGUUUCGGUGGUGUUCAACUGUGCAGCAACCGUGAGGUUUGACGAGAAGUUGAAUCGGGCUGCCCAACAGAAUGUCCUAUCUGUCAUGUACAUGAUGGAAAUCUGCGACAAGUUACCCAGCAUGAAGGUACUCGUUCACGUAUCGACUGCUUACAGCAACGCAGAGCAAAAGGUAGUUGAGGAGAGAGUGUACCCUUUGCCUCGACCUCUGGAUGAAAUGUUAGCUGAAGCUUUGGCUGUAUCUGAGGACGCCCCAAGCAAAUACGUGAACAGUAUUAUAUCCCCGAAACCGAACACGUACACAUACACAAAAAUGUUGGGGGAAACUGCUGUUCAACAACAUGGGAUCAAAACCUAUCCGAUUGCCAUAUUCAGACCCUCAAUAGUGCUGUCCUCGCUACGGAACCCCUUUGCAGGCUGGAUAGACACCUUCAACGGUCCCAUAGCCACUGUGGCGGCGGUAAGCAAAGGUCUACUCCCAGUCUAUUACUGCAUAGGCAAGUCUAGAGUCGACGUGCUACCAGUGGAUAUCGCCAUCGAUUCGCUUAUCGCUGUGGCCUGGGAGACAGCCGUCGACAACCUUCCAACAGUCCGCGUAUAUAACUGCAGCAUCUCAGCAAACCCUACAACAUGGGAGCAGAUGCGAUCCGUUUCGGUAGACGAAUGCCGACAAAACCCGCUGACCGAUGGCCUCUGGUACCCCACUUGUAUGUUUGUGAAGAACUGGUAUAUUUACAGAGUCCUGAACUUCGUAGUCCGGAGUAUUCCAUUGCACUUGGCGCAAUAUACAAUGCAGAUAUUGAAGAAAAAAAGCAGAGUGAACUUAAUAGAUCUAGACAGGCGUCUCUGCCAGAUGAUCGUGAUUGUAAACUUCUUCACGACUAGAGACUGGGUGUUCAGGACUGCCAACAUGACCAGUCUGCGCUUGCGACUGCAUCACAACGACGCUGCUGUUUUCAACCUUGACCCUAAUGCAGUAGAUUGGAAGGAGUAUUACGCGAACCAAGUUAAAGGAAUACGGAGAUUUCUUCUCAAAGAGAAAGAAGAGAAUUUGCCACAGUCAAGAAAGCGUCUUCAAAGAAUGUAUUUUCUGCAUCAAACCAUCACAAUGCUCGUUCCAGUGUUUUUAACUUACAUGCUUCAUCAGUUACUUCGCUUUCCUCUAAGUACUUUGUAUAAAAAUAUCAAGAGUCUUGUAAAGUCUAAGUUAAAUCAAUUUCUUAUUGUAAAUUAAAUCAGUCGUGC